GGAAAGGCUCUCCAAAAAGCUGAGGCCAUCAUCUUCCCGCGUAGAAACUCUCUCUGUUUCUCUCCCUAACCGGCUUUCCUACGUCACGGAACUAAAAUAGUUUGAUGGCGUCAAUUUCAGUAGCUGGAUCUCUGCCGCAAUCCCUUACGUUUUUCUCUGGAAGAGCUUCGACCAGGUUGGUUAUUUCAUUUCAGAGACGGUAUGGACCCAAAGCAUCUCUUUCAGUUCAGCAGCAGGAGCAUCAACAACAACAAUCUCAGCUGAUUGAACGAAGAGAAUUAGUGGUAAUAGCAGCGGUGGGCUUAGUAGCUGGAGCAUUCUGGGAUCCUUCCCAGGAAGAAAAUGGAAUAGCGAUGGCCGCCUCAUCUGGAUUUACCGACAUGCCAGCACUUAGGGGAAAGGAUUAUGGGAAGACGAAAAUGCGGUUUCCGGACUACACAGAAACCGAAUCAGGUCUUCAGUACAAGGACUUGCGGGUGGGGGAUGGCCCUACACCAAAGAUGGGACAGACAGUCGUGGUUGAUUGGGAUGGUUACACUAUAGGAUAUUACGGCCGCAUAUUUGAAGCUCGAAACAAGACAAAAGGCGGUUCCUUUGUGGGAGAUGACAAAGACUUUUUCAAAUUCAGACUUGGAUCCCAAGAGGUAAUUCCAGCUUUUGAGGAAGCAGUUUCAGGAAUGGCUCUGGGUGGCAUUAGAAGUGAUGCAGGAUCAUAGUGCCUCCAGAACUGGGAUAUCCUGGAAAUGACUUCAACAAAAGUGGACCCAGACCAACAACCUUCUCGGGUCAACGAGCCUUGGAUUUUGUGCUCAGGAACCAAGGGCUUAUAGACAAGACUCUACUGUUUGAUAUUGAGCUCCUUAAAAUCAUUCCAAAUUGAUUUCUAGUCAAAAGUUGCCAUCUCACUGACAACAUAUAGAGAGUGGAUAUAUAUUGAGGGAGGUUCUCUGAUACUGUGGAUACUCGAUACAGAGAUUAAAAGUUAACCAUCCUGGGAGAAAAUAUUGCAAACAUUGAGCAAAGAACGUGGAGAAUCUGUGUCAAGAAACUAGAGAGCCAUUGUCCUAUUCACUAAAUUCUAGUUAUUCUUGAAAUUAAGGAUCACUGUGCUAAUUGGUUUUUAACGUUUCUUGGUGUUGCCAAGUAAACGAUAAGGUCUGUUUUUUAACGUUUCAUGGUGUUCAUGGUGGUGUCAAUUUUUGUAACGUGUAUAUGUAAGGACGGUUUUAUACUGUUGCUUUUGCUGGUAGUGAUGAACUCUGGUUUCCUCUUCACACGUGGAAAAAUUUGUCAUUCCUAGAA